AGUGGACUCCCUAAUCAACUGCUUCUCUAUUUGAUACAAUAAUGCCUCUUCGUACACAGAAACAUAGUACCGAAAUUAUCUUCACAUUUUUUUUAAGUAAAAAUACCAGCGUUUUAGUGAAUUUUUCCUGUGCUGCUCUGGAAUUCUCGUGAACGCUGCGCGUACACCUGGGCCUGUGUUCUCUCUCGGUCCUGCAAGUUUUGUCCUCAGAUAUCCAUCCGCGUUCUGAGUGUCAAGGAGUAAGAAGAAAUGUUCAUAAUUAGUCCAGAAUAUUAGAAUGGAUAUUGGCUCGUCCUCCUCGUAGCAGCACAAAUUCAUCAGUAAGGCCUCGGUUACUUGUGUAUAUCUCCGGUGAUUCAUUCGGCUUGUAGUGCGUUGUACCAUCCAAAGAUUGUGAUACUUCGGAUUCGUUCGUAUAUUUCGGUGAAGCAUGAGCCACAAUUGCUCUUGUGAUUCGGGCCCUGCGCCUAUCAAGCAGCCAUUUGCUGCAUUGUGUGAUUCUUAGCUCAAUCUCUCGUCCAUAUUUUUUCAUCAGUUCAUUAUGCUAAGAGGUGAAGCUAGGGACCGUGCCAAAGAACGACGAGAAGACACGAAAAGAUCCGGUAGAAUUCUCGCUCCAUCAAGAGGUGCCAUGCUCACCAGUGGCCAUAGUGUCACCAGUCGGCAUAGUGUCUCCAGUAGCUCAUCCGUCAUGAUGGUUGGUCCAAAUUUUCGUGUCGGCAAAAAAAUCGGUUGUGGAAAUUUUGGAGAGCUUAGACUUGGAAAAAAUUUAUACACCAAUGAACACGUAGCAAUUAAAAUGGAAUCAAUGAAAUGUAAGGCGCCCCAGCUGCAUUUGGAAUAUAGGUUUUAUAAAAUACUAGGAUCUCAUGAUGGGAUCCCAGAAGUUUAUUAUUUUGGGCCUUGUGGAAAGUACAACGCUCUUGUUAUGGAACUCUUAGGACCUAGUUUAGAAGAUCUUUUUGAUCUUUGUAAUCGGCGUUUUUCACUUAAGACUGUUCUAAUGAUUGCCACCCAGCUUUUACAUAGGAUAGAAUAUGUUCAUAGUCGACAUUUAAUUUACAGAGAUAUUAAACCUGAAAAUUUUCUUGUUGGACGAAGCACCACCAAAAAGGAUAAAAUUAUUCACAUUAUAGAUUUUGGCUUAGCUAAAGAAUAUAUAGAUUUAGAAACAAACAAACACAUACCGUAUCGAGAACAUAAAAGUCUAACUGGAACAGCUAGGUAUAUGAGCAUAAAUACUCACUUAGGAAAAGAACAAAGUAGGCGGGAUGACCUAGAAGCUCUGGGUCAUAUGUUCAUGUACUUUUUAAGAGGUUCACUUCCUUGGCAAGGGUUGAAAGCAGACACGUUGAAAGAAAGAUAUCAGAAGAUUGGUGAUACCAAGAAGAAUACGCCUAUUGAAACACUAUGUGAAGGACAUCCAGAUGAAAUGGCAACCUAUCUUCGUUAUGUAAGGAGAUUAGACUUUUUUGAAACUCCAGACUACGAAUAUUUGCGAAAAUUAUUUCACGAUUUGUAUGUUCGAUGGGGUUACACUGAUGAUGCUGAAUUCGAUUGGACAGGCAAAAUAAUGUCCACUCCUGUUGGAUCUUUGCAAACAAGCAAUGAGGUUGUUAAUUGUAGUAUUUCUCCUGAAAAAAGCAAAGAAAAAAGUAGUACUCCGCAACGGGACCGGUGGCUUGUCAACAAACAAACAGGCCAUGCAUUGGGAAAUCUCACACCUGCUGAUAGACACGGCUCUGUUCAAGUUGUUAGUUCUACUAAUGGAGAGUUGGCAAAUGAUGAUCCAACAGCAGGACACUCAAACACACCUAUCACUGCGCAAACUGAAGUGGAAAUCGUUGAUGAUACCAGUAUUUGUUACAGGUGUUGUUGCUUUUUCAAGCGGAAGAAGAAAUCAGGUCGAGCCAAAUGACUAGCUGAAGGUCAGCGUAACAAUUUGGAAAGAGAAGUAGCAACUCUUCUGCGUGCUAUGUCUCACUCAAUCUCUCGUGAUAGUGUUCUUAAUAGUAUACCUACUAUUACAUAACAUCUCGUCAAAAACUUUUUGAGCUGCUAUUGUUUUUAGCAACCUUCAUAAUUUUUAUCGGUAUUCAACUGUUGAUAGAGCUAGUCAUUGUUAUGUCACUGAUUUAACUGCCAGUCUCAACUAUCAGGAAUGAUCCUUGAUUAUAACUGAUCGUUAUUACUGCUGGUUGUCCACAACGGUUGUAUUUAUUUAAAUGAACUCUUGACUGCUGCCUUGUACUCUGCAUUAUAAGAAUUUAAGCAUUAUUAUUAAUACUGUCAAGUCAUUUUUUUUAAUUCCCCUCUUCCGAAAAUACUUUUAGGAAUAACUGAAUCUGUCAUGUGAGCUCUAAUUUACUGCAUUAAUCUAUAGCCAUCCGCUGCCCAAAAAAUACUGUGCAUUUCUAUGAGGUCUUUUUUGAACCACUUCGGAACGAUUCAUAACUAUUAUUCAUUGUCCUUCAAUAUUACAAUUACCUCUCCUUAUAUUUUCUGUCCUACUCACUUUUGUACUUGAUGAUGAUGCCUCAUCUGAAGAGGGAAGAAUUUGUGCUAUAUUUUCUAUUACAAUGAAAACUGAAGCUACUAAUCAUGUUUCAUGUCAGAGACAUGACUUUUACAGUGAAACCUUUGUACAAUGAUUUUCAGCAGACAGCCAUUUUAAGAUUGUUGUUAAAACAAAACAUGUUGAUAAACAUAGAUAAAUGUCUUACCUGUGAAUGAAACAGUAUUACACAACCUAUCAAGCAUAUCUGUGGCUAUUUUAAUGCUUACUGUUGCUUAAUCUGAUGUAUUAUCAAAGAAAAGAAGAUUAGUCAGUUCAUUGAAAAAAUUGGUGCAGAAAUUUUAAAAAUGUAUGAAAUUUUACAAGAACUCCUUGAGUGUACGCUGAACGGAGGCCCUUAGGCACAUUCUCAUGGCUACAUUGCAGGAGCAAGGAUAAAAUAGUAUCCAUGUUGACAGUGAGGCUCAGCACAGAUACACGAACAUUGGAAAAAACUAUGAAACCGUUGCCGUUUGUCAAACAAGUGUGUCCAUCUGGGCCAAGUCUAAAGCAUCCUCAUACCCUGACUUAGAGUUAUUGGAAUUGGAAGCUCCACCUGUAGUGUGCCUGUUGCUUGAGAUGAAGAGUACUACCCAUGCUUUUUUGUUACUCAUGUGCCACACUUUCGAAAACAUAACAGGGUGCUACAUGAACCUUUGAGAACCUUUCCAUCCCUCUUCAAACUUCUGAAUCACUAAACGCUGUCAUUUUGACCUUUUUUUUACUCUCAAAUCUUAAAUUUACUUGAAAGUAUCUCUUAAUAGAAUAAUUUCAAUCUUAAAUAUUUGUAUCUCCAUCAAUUUACACAGCGAGUGAGCUGAAGUCUUAAAGAGAAAAACCAUAUUGUCUCACAGGAGGAAUCUUUGCAGUGGUCUUGACUUAUAAGUAUCUUAGCAGUAACACCUUGCACAGCGUACUUUUGCCAGAUAGGUACAAAUCUUCCUAUAAGCCAUAUGCGUGUACCUGAAAAUCAUGUUUAUCACAUGUUACAGCACCCUGUUCAAUUUCUCGCAUUAUCAUGAUAAGGUUGGAAAAUAACCCAAGUUUUCUGUGAAAAAUAUUCUUAUCUUUGUUACCAGCGAAUGAAAUUGUCAUUACAUAGAAUGUAUGAACAGUAUGCUGCUUUGAUAUUGUUUUAAAAAAGAAAAUACAUUGUCAGCGUAGGAAUUUUGACAGAGCUGUCAAGAAUAUUCAUUACAUUAGAAAAGUCAUCAUAUUGAUGGUUGCUCAAUCCAGGUUUUACUGUAUAUCACUAAUACGGCAAGACCAAAUGCUCCUCCAUCUUAAUCAGGAUUUUAAUUUCUUCAGCUAAGCAAAAGUACAAAUUAUUCAAUUUCCCUAACUCUUCACCUUACACUUUUUUAUGAUUCUACUUUCUCCAGGUACUUAUUUCCUCUAUUUCUUUUCUGUUACCUCUAAUCAUCCUAUAAUUUUACUAUUAUCGUUAUUAUGACUGUCACAUGCAUUAUUCUUGUAAUUACUUUUACUUUAGCUGUAUGCAUCAUCACCUUUAUCAUCAACAGAGGCUCAUUACUAUCAUUAUAAUUAUUUUAACUCAUUAAUUUAUGAAAUGAACUCUUUUAAUGAAACUUCUGAAACUAAGAGAAAGUAUUCAAACCACCUCAUAGUCAUUCAACACACCUAUGUUCUUUGUAAUUUGAAGCUAAGAAUUAUUUCAUCGUUUUUAUAUUAUGUUAAGUUUUCUUUGGAAUGAUUUGUUAAAGACUUUGUGCUCUGCUAAUAAUCAGACAUAAUUUUGGCAUUCUCCCCCACUAUAACGGUUUUUCCGACUCCUCUCUGCGUUUUUCAGAAUUUUGCGCUCUUAAUUUCAAAGAAUUUUGGAGACCCUCAUUUGUAACUAAUAUUUCAUUUUCUUGAAAUGACACCAAAGGAAAUUAAGGUAAUUUUCAAACCUCGUUCAGAAAUUCUUUUGCCAUUAAUUUUUUUUUUUAAGAACUUGAAAUGCUCAUAACACCCAUACGUUUUAUUAAUUUACUACUGUCGUGAUUUUAAAUAAAACUUCCAACCUCGUAAAUCAAGCUCUUGCAUUUUCAGCCUAUAAUCAAUGGCCAUCAAGGUAACAUGUGGACCUCAAUCUUACAGAAACCAUUCAAAAAUUACAGCUAAUGCAACAAAUUGCUACAUGGUGAAAUUUUCAUACGUACAUCAAUGUUUACUGGUCCUUUCCUCUCUCUUCCUUUCUAUCAUUAACUUGACUGUAAAAAUUUAGCCUAAUUUCAAAGAUUGUUUUGGAUCGUUUUUGGACAGUAGAGGUCAUGUUCUUUUUCUCUUAUUUUAACUUUUUUAUAUCUUUUCCCAUCGUUGGAAAACAAUUAAUGUAUCAAAGUUAAACAACAAUAUGUUUGAAUCCAUUCCUUAACCUCGGUUUUUGUUCUCUUAUAAAGCAGUAUAUGUAUAAACAGGGGUUGUCAGGUUUUUUUGUUUUGAGAAAGUUGCGUUCAAUGCUUGCAAAACCAUGCAUUUCAAUGUGCACACAGCAAAUCGAAUUAGGUCAAGGACUUUAUCUUUUAGCAAUUCCUCCUCUAAAAAAUUAGCUCUAAAAUUUAAAUUUGAAGCAAAUAUUAAUUGAGGCACAGUGAUUUAAAAAAAAAAAAAAAAGAAACACAUCUGCCAUUUGUUAAUAGAACUUUUUUCAGGCUUACUUUUAACUACCUAACUGUAGAGUAGAAGAGGUAGAGUAAUUGUUAUGAAUCAAAUUAUAAUAAUUGGCAAGUUUUUCGAUGAUUUUCCAAGGAACAUUAAUAUUCGGUAAUCUUGUAAAAAAUAAGGAACAAAUCAUAUUGUCAGUCUUUUAUAAGAGAGGAAAGAUUGAAAAGGGUGCCAUCUCCCAAAGACGUACAUACAACAGGUCUCAUUCACUUUUUAUUACUAUUGUAAUGUAUACGAUCGUUAAAGGGAUUAAUAAGUUUCAGCAAAUUAUUCAGAUGAACAGUGAAUUCUGGCAUCCGCUGUUCUUAGAUGUAAUGCAGCUUUUAUUCCCAUUUCAAUGGAAAAUCAUCCUUGAAGUCCAAAACUUGAUACUAACACUCUUGAAGGUUUGUGGAUUUUGAAAAGAAACGUAAUCCCCAAAAAUGGCAGAUGUUUGAUAACUAUUGUUUGUACACAUCUGGCUUCUUAUACAUCUUUCCUCGCCUAUAGAGGAUUUCUGCAUCACUUUCCUUUAUGUCAUGUUAUUUAAACCAUUACCUUUACCGAAAAUGAACCUCUUUCUUCUGUAGGAAUUUCACGUUUGUUUUCAAAUGUCUAAAGAGAUAUUGAGAAAGUUCUUAUGCAAGCUUUUAAGGCCAAAUUAUCGGCCUGGUCUGACUUGGAAGGUUUUUGUCUAAAUCAAGCUUUGUUGCUUUGUAUGUAAUGCAUUUUAUAAUGUAAAAUCUAUACCAUCGAAUUUCGAUUAUUACUGCUAAGCUGCAUUGAUUUAUUAUUUUAUUGGUUUUUUGUAGAGUUGGGCCAAGCUGUGUAACUGGAACCUCGUACUGAUUUUUCAUUACCCGGAAGAUACUUGGCAACGGUAUCUGACCAUAAUGACACUAGAUCUAGAUAGUGCAUUUUAAUGCAAGAGUAAUGAGAGUUUCACUCUUUGUUGAUAUUUUUUCCUAGAAAAAUAGUGUAAUUUUUUAAAAUGGCCCAUAAUUUAGAAUAUAUUAAAUUUAAGGCAACAGCACUGAUGCUGAUUCUGAAAUUAAUUAACUUAGUGAUUGGACGUAUUUAUGCUAAAAAGAACCAAAGACAGGUCAGAAAGAAGGAAUAUAAUCGUUAGUUGAGGGUCGUAAGAAUGAAUGGGAAUUUUAAAACGCCAGUGAUGUCAGCAGUGUCGACAGAGCUUGGCAAAGACAAUGAGUUCAAUGGUUGUGCUCUGUGACUUUUGAGCCCAGUCCACAACACUCUUGUCACAUGCCCACGGCUCAUGAGGUAGCUUAUUUUGGCGCUUCGGUCCUUUUUAUUUCAUGUAAGUUCCCUCUUUUCCAUUUUGCUUCAAGUCUCUAAGUUCCUCGUAACAUAAAUACGUCCAAUUGUCAGACUUUUUUUUUAUUUAUAAUGGUUUUCUUAACGAGAUUUACGUACAAUUACAAAAUGAGUUGAUUCUUCUUGAUCUGUCCAAAAAUUUAGUUUCUAGUCUUUGAAGUAAGAUUGAAACAGCAUUUGGGGCAAGAUCCAAUCACCUCUCUUCUCAUUCAGAACUCUAUUAUGAAAAAACAGAGGUUGAAAGCAGCUCUAUUAAGACAAAACGAGAGAAAACACUAAGAAAUGACCCAAACCAUAUGUAACAAGAUGGAGAAAUGGCACUGGGUCCACAACAUUUCGCAGGGAAAACAAAGGGAAGAAGUUAGACAAAAAUCAAUAUUAGAAUACAAACCAAAAAAUUGAACAAAAAAUCGCAAGAUUGUAGGCAUGAUAAACUGUAUGUCAGAAUUUUCAGGUGAUAUUACCAAAAUUUAACCCUAGAGAUCCAGACAUACAGAAGGAGAAUCCAGAAAAUUAGAUAGAUACCUAUAGCCCAACUCUAGUUUUUAGAAACAAACAACUCUCUAUUCCUUCAGUCAUCUUUGUUACAAAGUCAUCUGUGUAGAUUGUAAAUCAUUAACAUAUUCAUUCACAUUGGAAAUUAUUUAAAGAGGGAAAUUGAUAGAUAAUGUCCUCAAAUCUUCUUUUUUUAAGUUUUUAGACUCAAUCCAAGUCAUGUUGAUCAUGAAUUUAAGUUUGUAAUUGUUUACCCCAGUCUCCCCGAAUUUCUUUCCUUUAUUCUUCACUUGCUCUGCUAUUAAUUUUUCAUUAUUUUCAUUUCAUGUUUCUUUUUAUCUUUUGCAUUUAUUAUACUUUCGUUUCUAGUGGUUGCCUUCUAAAACUAAGAAACUAUUGGAACUCUGUUUUUGUGCUUUGAUUUUCUGUUAACUUUAAAACAUAUUUAUUUCCUUCAAAACUCCCCUGCCAGAUUCUGAGCGUAAGUUUUGAUAGCCUAACAAUUUUCCCAGUGCUUUUUAUUUUUCUAAAAUUCAAAGAGGGUUAUUUCUUUUUUGUUCAAUUGUCUACAGAUAGUGCAGUGAAUGAAGCAUUUUGAUGGCCGAAAAUUAACAUACGGCUGGAUUCAGGCCCGAUUGAUUCUACACAUGAAAAGUGUUUUCAGCCAAAAGUCCCCUUGAAUCCCCUAAGUGGAUUUCACAUAGUGGUCCGAUGAAGUCGAAAAUUGGACUUAUGUAUUUUCAAUGUAGUGUAUUUUCAAUGUAAUGAAUCAUUUCCAUCGUAAUGGUUCUUUUCUGAAGUGUCAUGGUUGCCAGUUUUUACUUCAUUUUUUUACUAUUUUUAAUUAAUUCUGAGGGCCAUUCAAGUAAUGCAGAAGGCUUUUUGGACGAAUUCUUCAACCUCCAACCUUAGUAGAGCACCAUUGCAGCAAUGUUUCAAUCCCUUUUGAAUGAAGUUACUGCCCUCCUGAGCUCCUCCCCCCCCCCCAAUUUUUCGGAAAAUAACAGAAAAAGUUUGAAGAGUUGCUGAUUUUUGUUCUAUUAAAAAUUAUUAUUUUUCUUAAAAAGGGAGGCUCACGUAAGACCUGACUUGACUCCCCUCCCUGUCGUAAAACUCUGUGAGCCGAACUUAGACCCCUGUCAGUAGCUUACGUAAUACUAGAAGGGGCCGUCCAUAAAUGACAGCACCCAUUUGUUUCAAUGUUUUGACCCAACCUCCCUCCACCUAUCCAAUCAUCAUCCACUGCAACCCCCCUCCCUAAAAAUUACUUUAUCCGUAGCGUUCGCCUUACACCCUCCUUUUUGAGCGGAAAAAUGUAAUAGAUCGAUAGAAAUCAGAAGAUAUAGUCAGUAGUGUUACGAACAUUAUUAAUUCCUUUUAAUGAGUAUUAAAUGUGUGUUGUGUUCUUCCCUGCUUAUAGGGAAAAAUGCAGAAAUUUGAUAAAAAUCUAGCAAGAUUUUGUGCCUUUCUGCCUUCAUGAAAGCUUAUGUCAUCCUUGGCUUGAUGUCCUUCCUCCUCGCCACCCACCGUCAUCUACCUGGAACUUUCUCCCCCCUACUUGGGUGACAUUAUUUAUACACGGCCCCAAACGGCCCCCCAGUGCUGCCCAUUGUAGCAUGAAAAGGCCCAUGAAAAAUAUAAAUUGCUAAAAGUUUAAAUAGUUCGUUUUUAGUUUUAAUUUAGUUUAUCAUAUGCUAUUACCAGGUUCAUUUUGUAAAACGUGGGAAUCUAAUGGUAACAAGGAGCUUUUUUUCAUUGGUUGGAUCAUUAAACACUUAAACAAAUGAUAUGAUAUAAUGGCAAUCAUGAACUCAUCUUGCGUUGUCGAUGCCGAAAAUUGUUCUCAAAAAAAGAUGGGCCAAAACAGGCCAUAAGAAAUAAGAAACUGUUUUUGUAUCUUCAAGGGACAAAUAGAAUGGACAAUAACACUUUUUCUAUUUUAAUUUUGUCACCAAAUUUGUAUUUUAGUGACUUGCCAACCAAGUGAAAAUUGGGACUCAAAAUUUUAGAUACUCCUUUCACGGUAGAAUAAGAGGACGCAAGAAUCAUUUUAUCAAUAGAUAUUUUUGUUUUCCAAGGAGAGCCUAGCAGGAUUGAAAAAUAUGCUUUUAGUCAACUUUUCUGCGAUUUUCGCCUUUUUUUUUUUUUUUGAAAUUCCUGAAAAAUCGGACGCCUCCCCCCUACCCCUCCAUUUUUAAAGAUUCAUUUUUAGUAGAUUGAGAUCAUGUAAAAUUGUUUAGUUGAUAUCGUGUUUUGUGCCACUGCAGAGGCAAUAGCAAGAGAAGAGAAAAUCGCUUAAAAUUUGACAUUAACAAUGUGUCUUUAUGUGUCCUUUUUGUUGCCACUUAGAUAGUACAAAACGCGACUUUUCCCAGUUUUUACACCUCCUUUUCUUGCUAUUGUAAGUGUCUAAAAAUUGAAGGUCCGAUUUUUGCGUCCUCGCUAAGUUAUUAAAAAAAUUUGGUGAAUAUUGCUGAAAAGUCGAUGAAAAUCAUGUUUACGACCUGCUACUGGUACCUUGGAGGGACAAAAAACUCCAUAGGUAAACAUUUGUUGUACUCUCGCGAUGUCCGAUAAAUGGGAUUUUUAGGAAUAAAAAAAUCCCAUUUUUUCCAUGUUCAACAAGCUGGGCUAAGAUAAAGCGAAAAGCAAAAACUGUAGAAAUUCAAGUCAUACUGAGCAGUUCAGCCGAACUGUAUGCUUACACAUGGAGUAGAAAACCCCACAUCUAGAAAACCAGAAUUGCUCUUGAUUUAUUUUCCCCUGUCCUGAACUGUUCCCUGAAAACCGGAAGCACAUUAUCUGCGUGUUAGCUAAGUCACUUAAAGAAUUCUAUAAACUCGUGGAAAUGGGAAUCACAAUUGUGUAUUCUAGGGGCUUGUGGAGGGCACAAAAAUUAUUUUUAACUACAAUUUUCCUAGCAUGCUUCAAAGUGCUACUGAUUAGUUUCAACUCCAAAAAUGGGAGCUUUAGUCGAUUUGCACCAUUCUUAAAACGUGAGACUGAAUCCACAGCAGUGGCGUUUAUGUAAGGCCCACAGUGAUGACAAACCCAGGGCUCUGAAGAAUCAAGUCGCCUGCUGGAAUUUUUAAAGGGAAUCCCCUCAUCAAGCUAGAUAGGGGCAUUCAGUUGGGCCCAAAAAUACAGUCUGUGGGCGGGCCCAGGCUCGGUGAGUUACGCCACUUGUUACAAAAAACGCUUGAGUUUUAUACAUACUGAAGGGUGCAAUCUUAAAAGUUUACCCUCGAAAACACCUUGCAUAAGCUACUGACGAGGGGUAGGGUCUAAAUUCGGCUUAUAGGGUUUUACAAAGGGAGGGGGAGUUGAGGUCAGGUCUUAUGUGAGCCUCCCAUUUUAAGAAAAAAUAAUAAUUUUUAAUAGAACAAAAAUUAGCAACUCUUCAAACUUUUUCUGUUAUUUUCCGAAAAUUGGGGGGGGGGGGGAAUCAGGAGGGCAGUAACUUGAUUCAAAAAGGUUUGAAACAUUGUUGCGCUAGUGCUUUACAAAGGUUGGAGGUUGAAAAAGUUGUUCUAACAGCCUUCCGUAUCACUUGAAUGGCCCUCAGAAUUGAUUAGUAAAUAGUAAAAAAAUAAAGUAAAAACCGGCAAUCGCGGUGCUUCAGAAAAGAGCCAUUACGAUGGAAAUGAUUCACUUUGGUCGUCACUAGACGGGCAUAGCUGAAAAGCCCACCACUGCAAUCAUGCGCCACUUUAAAUCACUAGUUUGCAAUUUGAUACACACAAGGCCGGCCGCGCGUCAACCCGCCUCGUUUCCGCCCUUUUGUUCCUUCAAUUUUGAAGAUAAACCUGUGAUGUAUUAUCCCGAAUUAAUGCUAACAGAACGAUCUAUAACAUUUACUGAAGAGUUUUUUUUGAUGCGGGCCUUCAUGUGGACGUAAUUACAGAAAAUACCGGUAAAUUAUUCUCAAUUAUCAAGUUCUUCCUACUUUACUCACAUUCAAAUUACUUUGACAUUCAAAACUACAGCUUAUUGGAAAAGUAGACUCAAUUACCUACAUUUUUCAAAAGAAGAAAAAAAUGAGCUCUCCAAGUUUAGUUCUGGCUUUGCAGUGAAUUUUUGAAAAUAUGCAUGUCCAAUUUUUAACUUCAUCAGACCACUGUGCGUAACCCCCUUGGGGAAUUCAUAGGGACUUUUGGCUAAAGACACCUUUUCAUAUGUAGAAUCUAUCGGGCCAGAAUCCAGCCGUAUGUUAAUUUUUUGCCGGAAACGGGCCCUUUAUGCCUUCUUUUACUGAGUUAAGAAUUAAAAACUUAAGAGGAAAUAGUAGUAGUUGGAUUUAUGUCUGAUCGUAAAAGCCGUGAUCAAAUCUAAAUGUGUGGUGCUCUCUACAGUUCCUCAUCUCUUAACUUCAAGGACAUUUAAAGAAUUUUCUCAUACAUUUCAAACUACAUACCAACUCUCAUUCUUUGAGCUGCACUAUACCCAUUGCAUGUUUGAAGAAUAAAAAAAUUAAUUUAGAUGUCCCUUAGGUGAUGCAAGUAAUGAAUUUUGAGUGGAAAGCAAACAUUUCAGACUCCUAUUCCCAUGAACCGCUCAACAUCAUUGUCAGGAAUAAAAAUCGGCUUCUAGCCGAGGCAUUGUAUGAAAUUGUGCAUGACUUAUCUCCAAGUUGUUGAGGGAUCUUGCAUGACAAAGGCAUUGUAUCUUAAGUACAGGACACUAAAAAAAAACCUGUGACACUAAUUUUUCACACCAGCAAUAAUAUAAAAAAUAUACUUUAUUGCAGUGUUUUACAUUUAGAGGCACCAUGUCCAAAACAUAACUUAGAUGAGAUUGUGUUUCAGAUUCUUCCCCUGUUUACCCUGCCUCUAUUCCACAUCAAUACUAAAUUAAUAUAGAAAGUGAUGAGGUCAAGAGAAAAUGUUUUUGCAAAAGUAAGAUUUUCUGUAAAUCCUAGUCAGUAUUCUCUGACUUUUGCAUUUUAGUUUAUUUGCAUAGCCAUAGAAAAUAUGUUAGUAAUAACUUGGGUGUUUGAAUUUCCAACCGUCAGCAUUAAAUUUUGAGUUCCCUCUGUAAAAAUAAUUCUCUUGAUUAAUUUCUCUCUAAAAAUUAUUUUUUCUCUCUCGCUCUCUUCAACAGCAAGAGGUGUACUUAAAUACUGUAAGUCUCCUCACCUCAGAAAUCUGUGAUUUGUUUUACUGUAGUACAAUUUGUUUCCCUGAAAUUGGUCAAACUCUCUACUGAAUUUGAUAGCAGAAAUACUGCUAAUCUUACUACCUUGCAGAAUUGUUGAACGUUUGUCAGAAAGAAUCAGAACAUUAUCUCAAUGAUGAACGCAUACUUGAUAAUCGAGAGAAACUCUUUAUUUUUCAGGAGUUCAAUAUUUCCAACACGCCAAAAAUAUUUUCAAAUUGACUAAAUACCACCAUCCUAUCCUCUCUUUCAUUUUCCCUAUAAAUUCAAGAAUGAGCCCCCCUCCAACGAGACUCAUACAUUGAAGUCUUCUCUUUUUCUCUUUUUUUUUGGAAGCUUAAUCCUUAAUAGGCUAGGGCAGAAAAUGGCUAAAAUUUGAUGCAGCUGCAUGAAUUUAUAAAUUUUUACCAAUGCAUUUCUGCCCAAUUUUUCUCUAGUUUUCAUAAUUCCACCCUUUCUCCAAGGGCUUCCAAAUAUCGCAACCAAGUGAGGAUGGUAUAUUUUUUGAAUUGCAAGAAGGUGUUUCCCAUUAACAGCUCUGUCCUCAACGUUGCAAAAAUUAAAUGUUUUACCUCUUCAUCAUCGCUCUUCAUUUAUGAUAAAUCAGAAAUGAUGAAUGAAAAAAAUUACCAACGAUUGAAUGGAUUGCAUCAUGCAAAAGGGAACCAAAAGCAUUCCAGUGUAGCUAAAAUUAUGCAACUCUUUGAAAUAAAAUUACUGAAAUUAUGCAAAAAAUUAAACUUACUAAGGUAAUUUUAAUCUUGAAUUUAUAGUUUAUUAGAAAGAAACAUCAGACUUGUUUAGAUGAGUAGUUUCUAUUUGCAAGGUAAAAAAAGUUGCACAAUCUUAGCGACAUUGGCAUGCUCUUGGUUCCUUUUCUCAAAAUGCAAUCCAAAGGUAGUAAAUAUUUACUUCCAUGUUGCGAUUUUUUAUGAUUAAAUUUUGAAGAUGAUAGUUAACUAAGAUUUCAGUAUCACAUUUUCCCUCAUUCGUCAUUUUGUUGCUGUAUUCUUCUUUUCCUUUAUUAAUUCAUCAACUUCUCUCUUAAAUGCUGCAAGACCUAUAGGUAACGAGGACUGAAUGUUUUUAAGCAAAGGAUCCUGCACAUUCCUACGGGAAAGUGCACUACGAUCAAUUUUUAUUUUAUUCAUCGCAUACAAUUCCUCUCAAGAUGCUAAUUAAAAGUCAUCAUUGCACCAACUUUCUACAAUGCACCGUUUUCGCUCAAAGUUUUAAUUAUCUGGCAAUGAAGAGUCAAAAAGAACAAGGGAUUCAAGAACAGACCUGAUGUAAAUAAGGAAGAACGUAGCGCGUGUUUGUCUUCUUAUCUGUUCCUGCCUACUCUGGGGCUAUCUCCAUCCCGCUCUCGUCCGUUCACUGUUUUCCUCCGACUUUCCUGUUCUAAUGCUCCUCACGAAACUGAUUUGGAUGGUCAAGUGAAAAGGCGUGCGGAAUCCAAGAUAAGACUGCUGCUCGGUGCUGGAGUUUCCCUGAUUUCCUUGUUGACACACGGUCGACCGUUCUUUCGAGUGCUGAAAUAAGGAAUCUAUCCUGACUCUUUAUCGCCAAUUUAUUGAAACUUUGUGCGAAAACGGUGCAGAGUAGAAAGUUGCUGCAAUGAUGACUUUUGAUCAGCAUCUUGAGGGAAAUUGUAUGCGAUAAAAAAAUUGAAAAUCUAUCGUGGUGCACUUUCCCAUAAGGAAUAUGCGAGGUCCUUUAUGUUUUAAGGACAUGUUGUCAUCCAUCAGCCCAAGUAUCACAAGCGCCACUCUGUCAACUUUUCAGGAGACACGAAAAUCUGAUUUGCUACAGUAUAAGACGAAGUUUGGGCUUGAAAUUUGGAAUACUAAGCCAGCACAACUUACAUAUACAACACACUUACAACAGCCUUACAUUAUAAUACAAUUGCAUUUAAAAAAAAAAAAAAAAAAAAAAAAAAAAAAGACAUUCUUUGACAUUGGGUUGUGCGAAUAGUGAAUUUAGCAAACGAAGCAAAUUGCGAAUAAUGAAAUUCAAUUAUUCUCAACUACGAAAAGUAAAACAAAUGAUUUGAAAUGACGUUUUUAAGUGCGUAAAUUUUCAAAUAUUACAAAAAAGUGUGAUUAAUUUCUUAAAGAAUUUUCCAUUUGCUCAUACACCUGCACAGAAAACAAUGAAAUUUUAUAAUAGUAGCCUAGGCUGUUACGAAUGUGUUUGAAGAUCCCUGGAUACUGGCUUGAUUGUUCCUGCAGUUAUGAAUGCAAUCCCAGGAUUUGAGGGUAACUGCAUAGGCAGUCAAGCUAGUAUCUAAGGAGCGCCAGACACAUUUUUAGGAUUUUCUUUUUUGCGGUGUUAAUGAACAUUUCCUUCUUUCCAUCUUGGUUAUUUAACUUUCUAUGUGGUUCUCUUCAAGCAACCAAGACACGCAGGCCAAUCGCAAUCGCAUGUGCUGUUCGUAAACUCGUCAAAGUCGGUAAAGAUCAAAGGAGAUCCGCCGUUUCCGAUGUCUUGGAUGGAAGCCUUGCGCAGGUCCUCACACCGUUUCACGAUUGCCACUCGGAAAUUCGUUAUUUUUGACGGCGCGAAUAUUUGAAAAUUCCUUACGCCAGACGGCGCGAAUAUUCGCAAUUUGGAAUAGUGCGCGAGUCAGACGAAGCCAACAUUCGCACAGCCCUAUAAAUUGGCGCUUGUGAUACCGCGUUCUCAGGGCAUUCUGAGAACCCCUGGCGCUUGUGAUGCGGCAGCUCAUCAAAUCUGACGGAGUUUUUCUCCAUAUUUAUUCAUUUUUGAUCUAAAAAAAGUAUUAUUUUUGUAUGUAAAUGCAUCUUAUCAAUUCAAAAUCAUCCAUAACUCAAUUUCUAUAAAAGGAGCGCUUGCGAUACCUACUCCGGCUGGAAAGUGACGAAUUGCUCCCAAUCAUCCGAAGUGUUGUUGAUACUGAUAUUGUAAAAACAAUCCCAAAGAUGAGCGAUUAUUCAACUUGGCGUGUGUGAUACUUUGUUCUUAUAUGGCGCUUGUGGUAAAAAAGUUCAUCAACUUCAACGGAAUAUUUGCCAUAUUCAUUUAUUUGUAUUUUAAAAAAAAGUAUCAUGAUAAAACUCACGAGAUGCAUUUAAAUACGAAAAUAUCUCAGCUUUAAGUCAUCCCGAGGGUUGCUGUAAGAAAAAUCGUAAACAAUCAGAAAAGUGGGCGGUUGUCGAACUCGGCACUUGUGAUACGAAAAUACAUCAACUUUAAUCGAUUUUAAGUCAUAUUUCUACAUUUUUGUUCAAAGAAAAAUUAUUAUUUUCGCAUUUAAAUUCAUUUCGUUGUUUCGAAACUCUUGAUAACUCAAUUUUGGUAAAAAUGGCGCUUGUGAUACUGUGGCCGGAAGAUGACGACAUGGGCACAGAAAAUAAGAGAAAAAACUGGCGAAAAACAUUGCAUAUUUCGUAUUUUAUUAUAAAAGCACUAUGUGUAACUGUAAACUUUCUGAUAAAAGUUCGGUUAAAACAAUUGAAACAAAGUGAUUUACCUUUUGUAAUUUUUCAUCACUACUGAAAAUUGUUAGUGGUGCAAAAUAACCUAUGCAAAAUCUCAUUGUUCUUAGAAAAUUCGAUUACUGGGCAAAUUUUAUUUUACUGCAAUAAUGGUUAAUUUUGUAUCAUAUGUAGUUACUAAUUUCUUUUCUCUCACAGAAACUGUUUUAUACAUUUUUGUUCACUCGGCAUUUGUCUUUUAUUUAUUUUUCCUCUUUAUUUUAUUAUUGUUAUCAGUGUGAUACGUUACGAGUCUUGAAGAUGGAUGGGAGUUUCAAGAAAAUCAUUUUAUAGAAUUGAUUUCUCGGAUUAAUUCACAGCUUGUAUCAUUAAAAAAAUUGUAACCAAUUAUUUGUAUAUAUUGAGCUUAAGUAGAAAUAAAUCCUGUAUUUUUUACUGGAUCAAAAUUAA